AUGGCCUCCGCCGCGCUGCUUGGCCGGCGACGCUGGAGCGACGCGCUGGGCGGAGGCGGGGCGGAGGUGUUGGCGAGCACGGACGCGGUGGAGGAGGCGUUGGCGGCCACAGCGAAGACGGCGAUGGCGCAGAGGCUGCGGAGUCAGUACACGGUCAAUCAAGCCAGCGUGAAUAUGCACCAAAUGAAUGAACACCGCGUUUCUCCACAAGUUGUCUCCCGUAGCUUAAUAGUUCAAAUAAGACUAGCAGAAAUGGCAAAUUCGCACCUUGUUCACAGUACCAUCCUCCACAAGCUAUCUCUAGUCCUCCUCAUUUGCUCGCUCCUCGGGUACAACUGUGAAGCCAUGAGCAGGAAGGCUGAAAAGGAAGCACUUCUAAGCCUUGAGAAUUACUGGGGCAAACCGCUGAUGAUCAGCUGGAGCUACAACAUGGACACAGACCACUUUGGUGAAAUUCCAGACACUUUAUCCAAGCUGACCCAACUUAGAAUAUUCAAUUUGUCUUCUAACACGUUGAACGGGACAAUACCUAGUGAGAUUUGGAGAAUGCAGAAUAUGGAGGUCCUCGAUCUACACAGUAACUCUCUAUCAGGUCGCAUACCAGGCGAUUGCUGUAAGCUCGAGAAUCUGUCCCUCCUUUUAUUAGACGACAAUCAUCUCUCCGGCCCAAUACCAGAAAACCUUGUACAGUUACAAUUUCCCUUCAUCUUCCUCAAUCUCUCUAGUAACCAACUCACAGGCAAGAUUCCAUCUCCUUUCGAGAUGGGAAGAUUUCAAUGGAGCUUUCUUUCCAAUCCCAGCUUAUGUUCCUCCAACCACUUUGGAAACCUUCCUCCAUGCACCAGAUUGCACUUGAAGAUGCUUGUAAUUAUUCUCCUCGUCUUUGGUUCAGCCAUUCUCAUAUGCACAGGGCUGAUUGGUUUAACUAAGAUCAAGGCAUUUUUCUCAAAGGAAAAGGACGACGCCCCAUCUCCACAGUGGAAACUGACGGCCUUCCAAGCUAUUGAUUAUGACAUUCAAGACAUCCUUUGCAACCUCAUUGAUACAAACCUUGUCGGCAGCGGUGGCUCAGGAAAGGUAUAUAAGAUCUGCCUUGGUAACAAAAACGGCGGGGUUAUAGCUGUCAAGAAAAUAUGGUCUAGUAGUGGUGAACUGGAACAUGAUGUGCUGGAAAAGCAGUUUCAAGCUGAGAUUGAGAUUCUUGGAUCCAUCCGACACGCCAAUAUCGUAAAGUUGCUUGGCUUCAUAUCAAGCUAUGAAUCGAAGCUCCUCAUAUACGAAUACAUGGAACAUGGUAGCCUGUAUGAAUGGCUGCAUCAGAAAGAUGACCCUACUAGUACAACUAGACGGUUGUUGAACUGGCCGAUAAGAAUGUCAAUAGCAAUCGAUGCAGCAAGAGGGCUGUGUUACAUGCACCACAGUUGCUCUCCUGCUAUAGCACACCGUGAUGUGAAGUCCAGCAACAUCCUACUGGGUCCUCAGUUCAAAGCAAAGAUUGCGGACUUUGGCCUAGCUCGCUCUCUACUUAAAGCUGGCGAGCCAGAGUCUGUCUCGGCUGUGGUUGGGUCCUUCGGAUACAUAGCUCCAGAGUUCGGAAGCUCGAGAAAAAUGAACGAGAAAGUUGAUGUGUACAGCUUUGGGGUUGUUCUCUUGGAGCUGGUAACAGGGAGGCGUGCAAAUGGUGGGGGCGGGUACGAGAAUUUGGCGCAAUGGGCAUGGAGGCAAUUUCAUCAAGAUGAGGGCAUCCAAUUGACAAAUGUGAUUGAUGCAGACAUACGAGAUCCAGCCUACUCGCGUGAGGUACAACUGGUGUUCAAGCUAGGGCUAAUUUGCACGGGCACAAACCCAUCAUCACGGCCGUCCAUGAAGCAGGUGCUGCAGGUCCUGCAACGCUGA